AUGGCUCUUAUUGGCCGAUUUAUAGAUUUUAGGUUAGCUCUGAAGGCUAUGGAAAGCGAUAAAAGUCGUGCUCUCGAAAUUGUUCCAAAUGCGGAACUUGUGCACCCUGGUCUUCCUCUAGUUGAGGCAUUUCUCAACGAUGCCGUGGAUGGCGACCAGGCUGCAAGGUAUCUGCUGGAAACAUAUGCCAUUGACGGAGUUGACGUAGACUUUGCAAGAUUUCUAAAGGAUUGGAAUGAUUUGGUGAGACUUUCAAAGAUUGUAUGA